UCUGGUCACCUCUUAUGAAAACUGGGCCUUAGAAAACUUUAGCUUUCUUAAGCUGACCAGGUUAGAAAACAUACCAAUUCCAUGGCCUAAGGGUCAUCGCCAGUAGACAGGCGUAUCUGAAGAUGGGAAAUAAAUUCUUCUCUUACCCUGAGAACACUCCCACUAGUUUUCCAAGGAAAUUGCAGUGCAUGUCUCAAUUCAAAACCAUGAAAGAAGAAUGGGCUUCCUGAGUACAGAUGCAAGAUUCAACCUUGAGAAAUUUGGUCACAUCUGAUAGGUCAUGGAGCUCCAACUAAAACUCAGAAGAGAAGAUCUUCCUUACAACAUUUGCAAAAGCGGUCACAAAAACUUGUUUAGGAUAUUGGGUUUCCUGGAUCCUCUCCAUGCUUUUCUUCCUGCAAUUAAGCCUUAUAUGAUCUGAGGAUUUAGACCGAAGUAGAGAGAAGACUUUCUUCCUUUUGGCUUUUAAGAGGACAUGUUCUGGAAAUCUUGGGAGAAUCUGGCAGAUGCUACACAGUGAAGUCUGGGUUCCGUGCGUCUGCAAACUUUUGAACAGAAUACUGGCCUCAGCAAACAAGUCCUCCAGCUCCUCCUGCUGCUGCUGCUCAUUCCUGCGGCUCCUCAGACACUAACGCCAGACGGUGAUGCCUCUUGGGUUGUGACUCCAGCGCAGAAACUUGGAGGAGCCCUUUGCCCGCCGUCCUACUUGGCAACAAAGCCUCUCCUAGCAGCGAAUGACCAUGUGUAGCGGAGCGAGGCUGGCCCUCCUGGUCUACGGGAUAAUAAUGCACAGCAGCGUCUACUGCUCACCUGCCACCGCAGGACUCCAGUUCCCUGGAAUCAGGCCGGAGGACGAAGCGUACGACGAGGACGGAAACCCGCAGCAGGACUUCUACGACUCAGACCCGCCGGGCGUGGGGAGCCCCGCCUCCGCGCUGCGCGACGCCUACGCGCUCUACUACCCCUCAGAGAAGAGAGAUGUCGCCCAAGGGAUCCUUAACAAGGCCUACCGCAAAGUACUGGACCAGCUGUCCGCCAGGAAAUACCUGCAGACGCUCUUGGCCAAGGGCUUGGGUGGGAACCUAGGCGGCGGCCCGGAGGACGACUCAGAGCCUCUCUCCAAGCGCCACUCAGACGGAAUCUUCACCGACAGCUACAGCCGCUACCGGAAACAAAUGGCUGUCAAGAAAUACUUGGCGGCAGUCCUAGGGAAAAGGUAUAAACAAAGGGUUAAAAACAAAGGACGCCGAAUAGCUUAUUUGUAGCGAUGAGUUACCAGCUACCCUGUGUAUACAAUCCUGACACUAUGAAAAGUCACUUUCCCAACUGACUGAACAGUCAUCUCUCAUGUGUUCUAUCCAAACAUGUAUUUAUGUAUGAAGUAAAGCCAUUAAAUGAAUAUUUUGAUAAUAAUAUUGUUUUUCUUUUUACAAAGCACUAGAGAAUGCACAGAUAUACUUUGUGGACCAAUUAUUGAUAUAUAUAUAUAUAUAUAUAUAUAUAUAUAUAUAUUACAAAUAUAUAUAUUAAGAAUAUAUAUAGGUAUAAUAGACAGCAGUUCAUACAAAGUGUGCACAAGGAUUGAAAAUUCGCCUGAGCUGUUUAUGUUUUUAUAUAAAAUAAAUAGAAAAAUAGACAAUCAUUGUUUUGAAUAUUACUCCUAUUUUUAUAAAAUGGAAUUAAAAGGAUAGUAUUUUUAUCCAUGACAGGCCUGAAGAUAUUAAUACUGACCAUUUGCUACUGUACAUAAUGAUGCCCUGCUCCAGGGAGAUUUGGAGGUAAUGAUUUGGGAGCAUUGCUGAAGGGUGUUCUUUCCUAGUGAGCCUUUGGGCCAGGCUGCUUCAGUCCCAGAGGAACUCAACUAGGCACUGUCCCCCUUUGUCCCCCUCACUGGGUGGCAAUUCCAAUACUUCUGCUUUCUUUGGUUCUACUUUUAUGUGCAUUUGUCUCUCUUUAGACUCUCAGCCCAGAAGGAAAUUCUCCUGAUAAAAAACAACAGCUCGAUCCAAAUUGUGCUUCUCCCCAGAAUUCACACCACUCCCUGGGGAAAGUGUUGGGGGGUUGUACAGAGAAGGGAGACUUGGGUCUUGAAGCUCCCGUGAAGCUCCCUUUUCUGUACUUCCAGGAAACCCGAUAUCCCAAGGUUAAGGCAAUUCGAACAAAGAGAAGGAAAUGUAGGUAUGUUGGAAGAGGCAGAGCAUAAGGCAGUCGGAGGAGGAGGACCCUGGAGAGGGACUGGUUUGGAGCUGCCCUGCGUCUGGGACGCGGAGGGUAAGCCCAGCCCCACUGUAGGUCCCCUGCCUGACUGACUUUGGGCGCUGGAUAUUGGAAAUGGAUGCAAAGUACAAUGUGUUUUUCUCCAGUGCUGUCAAUGCUUCUCAUCUUGUGAAAUGACCAGGAUACUCCCCUUUGAAUACGGCUCUGUAGGAGCCAUCCUUUUCUUUGGCGGUUUUCUGAAGACUCUUCUUUCCCACUCUUCUGCACUGUUGAAGUACCGUUUACCAUUUUUCAUUCAUUUCUCUUAAACUUGUGAAUGCUUCUUUUUUUGUUGUUUGAUGUGAGUACUUAAUUGUAAAGUUUAGGAACCCCUGUGUAGUUACCAGUAAGUAAUUAUGCACUAAAUAUGAACGAACCUUUUGUUUCUUGUUUAUUGAGUUUGUAGGUAAAAUGUAUUUUUCUACAUUAUGGCUUAUUGCUUAGUAAAAUUUAUUUCAUAAAACCAACCUUUGUCAUAUUAGAAUGUGUAGUGUUCACAUGUUGCUCAGUUUUACUAACUGAUAAAUCAUUUAAACCUCAUCUUCAUAUGUAUGAGUACUAUCUUAUAUUUGUGGUCAAGAGUGAAGUAAGCAAGCUCCAACAGACCCUGAGAACCUCCCCCUUUGUAUCCUUUCCUGGCUACUGAAAGCAUGUCUGUCUGUUUCCUAUCAAUUCCUUGAACAUGUGAGUAAUCUCUAUAAACAAAAGAACCUUCACCCAGCAGCCAGAUCAAGCUACAGCAGGCAAACAAGCCAAACUCCCAAAAUUCAGGCACAAAUUCUUUUGGAAAAUAAAAAAAGAGAACAAGAAAAGAUUAAACAUUAGCUUGUAAAGUUUAAAGGACCUUUCCUUUUCCUUUAUGGAUUUGAUUCAAUAUGAAGUCAUAAAUCAAAGAAAACAGAAUUGGAUUUGCAUUCCCAGGCGGGAUGGAUGCUGCCAGGAGAUCACAUUGCAAGCAGUGAAAGCACAGAGGCAUUCGAUCUAUGCCUGAGUCCUAAGUACGGGAUCAAUCUUUCUUUAAUUCUGCAGUCUCCUCAGGCAAUGUGACACGGGAUGCAGUUUGCAGCUUUAGUGCCUUUCUUCGCCUUUUAAAUUGCCACGAAUCACAGAUGGCUAUUUAGUGGCCCUACAAUGCUGCAACACAUCGGCUUGCAUUUUAGUCUUAAUUAUUUGUUUCUUGGAUAAUGGGCAGAGUUUUCUGUAUUUGUGUCAGCUGUUAGUGGUGAAAUAGGGCUCUAGUUAACCUUUUAUUUAUGAAGUCUAAUUUAGUGUUCCCGUGGCUAGUUGCAAGCAUUUACAGUGAUCACCCAGUUUAAUCUUUUGUAUACUUUUUAGAAAUGCCAAGAGCCUUACUAACCUGGAGCAGAUUUAUGAUAUAGUGAUAAUUUAGGUAGAUGUUAGUCUUGAAGCUCUUAUUUUGUGUGCAACUGAUUAUAAAAACAUCUUAACCAAGUAUUAUUACACACAUGAUAUCUAUAACUAGGACUUUGAUAACUGUUAUAUAAAGUGUGUAAAAUUUGUAUGAAUAAAUUUUUGUAAACAAUGCAA